AUGAGUGAGCCGACACAUCAAGAAGGAGCAUUUCGUUUUCAGAGGAGGAAGAAAGCUCAAAGUGAGUGCCAAUACGUUUAUCUUCCCCCGUCUUUCAUUUGCUUUGCUAGCAUUUGGAGCUAACAGAGGCUAAGUGACCUGGCGAACUCAAACUAGUUUGGUGAAGUUGUCUGUGAGAGAAAAAAGACCUGUUCAAUCUGUCUUUGAGUCGUAACGCUGCGUCUUGACAUUGAGAUCCAACAAGAAGUGAGUGUUGUGCGUAUUUAGUCGUUGUCUGAUAGGAUUAGGUGUAGCUUAGAGUCUGCAUUGUUAGCCUGCCAAACUUGAUAUCAUGAUGCCAAGUCAGGUGUUGAUGACAUGAGCAGUCUGGCUGCUUGUUGUCAUGGAAGCUUCAUGAGGGCAUUAUAGGAGGUACAACUCCACCACUGCUGAUCAUCGACGUGAUCAUGUUUAAGACCUUUCAGUUAUUUCCACAUCUGUGCACCUUCAUUAUCAAACUCAACAGAUUUGUUAUAUUUCAAGUUAAACACUAACUUAGUUUUUCAUUGCAGGGGACGAAAAGUCAGUGUUUCUUUGCGUUGCUCCUCCUCUUUAAUUCUUGAAUAAUAGUUGCAUCAAAACAGAGAUGUUUCUGAUUAAAUCUUACUCCAAUAAAAGUGGCAGAAAUCUCAAAUUAAAAUGCUGUUAUGAAAUGGUGAUAUGGAUCCAUGUGUCACUAAUUGAAUUCUAUCCUUGAUAACUGACAUUUCUUUUAGUUAGCCUACUUAUCCUGCAGUUUUCUGUCUAAAUUAAAGGGAUAUUCUGGUGUAAAUUAAGUUAGGGUCAAACACACAGUAACACCGAGUUAGAAACCCAGUCGAGAGAUGAAUGAACAUUUAUGAUCAUUAUUUUAUCAUUUCCUUUAAGUAAUAAUCACCGUUUUAAUCAUUUUGCACUGUAGAAGAGGUAGUUCUUCUACCUUAGUGUCUCGGUCUGAUUGCAUUACCAUGAAAAAAAUGAUCAUGAAUGUUCUUCCUUGAGCUGCGACGCCCCGCUGUAGUCGAUGGGCUCGCCCGGAGGUCUCCGUACAAACAAGCGGCUGCUGGAAGAGAGUAGGUGAGUUGUGCUAAAGAAAUCAGACAAAGUUAAAAAGAUGUUUGGUGGCUAGUACUGUGGCUGGUACCCUAUAUGUACUGUUGAUGAAGUUAGGCGCUGUUUUAAGCAUUAUUUGUGGCUAUAGAGUGGUGUUUUGGUUGAGCGUAUGUCUCUCUGUAUUGCUAUCGUGCGGUCGUUUCUAAAGCAGCCGGCAACAUUCAUCUCUCAACGAUGUGUUUGACCUUAACCUAAUUUUAUGCCGGAAUAUCCCUUUAAGGGUCUCUUUUUGACUUUAUGCUCUGCAGACAUGGAGGCAGAUGGUGUGAGCAUAUGGCCGCGCAUGGAGCCCUUCUUACUGGGUGCCUUGCAGGUAAAAUAUUCUUUAUAUCUAUCAAUUGUACACCAUUUUCCAGCAGAAGCAAAUGUUAAAACUAGACUUUAAUGACUCAACAGGUGGCUCCACCCUCCAAGCUCAGCCUGCACUAUCUGCGCAAGAUGGCGACCUACGUUCGAACGAGGGACGGCUGUUUCCCCAUUUUGAGCUGGUGCAUGUGGAGACACAUUGCCUGUGGAAAACUUCAGCUCCCAGAAGACCUUGCAUGGCUGUACUUUGAGACCUUUGACCUUCUUAUAGGCCACAGUCCGGAGGAGAGGCUGGAGUGGGCUGAGUGUCUCUCCCAGUGCUCUUCAAAAAGUGAGCUGGACCAUCAAAGGACGAAGGUGAACACAAAAACAGGAAAGGGUGGAGCAUGUGUGCAAGUGACUCAAUAAACUUAGCAAUGUAAUCCUAUCUCUUUUCAUGAGGUUAUGCUGCUUAUUGUAAGGUUGUGUUUUGCCUGAGGCAGAGGUUUGUGUUGUUGUAACUCUUCUCUACAGAUUGACUUGCUCCUUCUUUUCUUACUCCAGCUGUCUGUGGACACACUGCAGUUCCUCCUCUUCCUCUACAUCCAGCAGCUGAACCGUGUGUCUCUGCGCACCUCCCUGAUCGGCGAAGAGUGGCCAAGUCAUCGCACUCGCUCCCCGUCUCCGUCGGAUCGAGAGGCCAAAACCAGCUCUCAGAACAAGGUCCCUGCCCAAAAAGACACUGACAUCUGAGACUGCAAUCAUCUUUUGUUCUUUUGUGUCACCUUUUAAAAUGCAGGUGUCACUUGUCAUCUCUCUUCUUUUAAAUCUGACACUUGUCUUCCUUUUUGUGUCUCCUGGGGUCAGCAGAACUGGGACGAUCAGGCUCACCUAUCAUUUGUUCAAAGCCACUUAGCGGAGAUCCUGGAGCUGCUGGUGGAGCCGGGUCAGCUGUCACAGUCUGGACAAGCCCUUCGAGACUGUCAGGUCUGUGAGCACAGAUUUCUACAGCAUCAAAGUUAAAGAAACUGCAACAAAACACUUCAUCGAAACUGUAUCACAUGAGAUAUUUGUAUAGAUCCACAAUAAUCUGUUUUUGAACCCCUUGCUUUAUAAGAGCUUUAAGUAGCAUCAGCCUGUAUAUGCACACUUUCACAGUUUUAACAGCAAACUACACCCAAGGCCACACUGAGCUGCAUUUUUAAAGGACUAAAAGCUAAAAAACACUCCACUGAACUCUGCAUGCUCAGCAGCAGACAGCUAGAAACUACAUGUGAUCAUAGUGGAGCAUUAAGCUGCUAAAGAGUACAGUUAGAAGAGAAUAAACUCUGGAUUUAAAGAUUCAGGUUGGCAAGGAGCUCCUAAAAUAUGUCCAUUAUGGCGCCCCUCUUUGGAUUAACCAUUGCUCUCUACGUGGUUAAGUUAUGUUUUUUGAUGAGAAAUCUUAUCCUGCAUCUUAAAAGUGAUUGACAAUGCAUGAACUAAACUUCAGUGAAGAGAUGACUCCUCAUAUCCUCGAGUACAUCUUCACUGAUUUCAACAUUUCUUAAUUUCCCAGAUAUCCCUGGAGGCUGUGCGGAGUCUCGGUUUGCUCUUAGAGGGUUCAGCAAGUCAAAGCAAAGUUGUUCAUCCGGUCCACAGGCUGCUGAGUAAAGGUCCACUGCAGACACAAGCCGGCUACUCCUCUCUCACCCGCUCCUUCCCCCUGCACAAGUUACUCUCCACCCUGCAGCACAGCCUCACACUCAACCCGUUCGGGAUGACCGCCUGUCUGCGUUCAGGCAAGAAACUAGCCUGGGCUCAACAAGGUAAGAGAUAUCUGCAGGUGAAGACAAAAACACAAGAGUUAGAGCCGUUAUAGUCUGUAUUAUUUUUCUUUUUUUGUGUGUCACAGUGGAGGGGGCCAUGAAGAGAGCAAAAAUAGCUCGAAACACCCACAUGGCUCCACCCGGCAGCAGGAUGGUGUUGAUGUCUCAAGUCUUUAAACAGACUCUGGCUAAAACCUCAGACAAGCUGACAGGGGCCAAUAUCAAGAUCCACAGAUGUUCAGAUGCCUUCAUAUACCUGCUGUCGCCUCUCAGGUAAAAUCUGAAUCCUGUCCUUUUUCUCAUGCGUCCAUUUUUCUCAUUUCUAGAUCUUUGGGACCUGUGUAACCUGGUUUGUUUGGUUUCAGAUCAGUCAGCGUGGACAAAUGCAGAGACACCGUUGUGGUUUUGGGUCCUGUUGAGACCAGCGUCCACAUCCAUGGCUGCCAGAACGUGCGGCUAGUGUGUGUAGCCGGCAGAAUCGUUAUUGGAGCCUCUUCCUGUUGCAUCGUCCACGCCUUGACGCCCACACGCCCUCUGCUCCUACCAGGAAACACGGACAUCACCCUGGGGCCUUUCCACACUUUCUACCCCUCCCUGGAGGAUCACAUGGGAAGCGUUGGGCUGGCUGUGGUCCCUAACGCCUGGGACCGACCUUUACUCUUGGGCACAGAGGGCCUUAACCCUUCACCCAACGCUUCAUCCAGCCAUGACCCUGCCUGCUACCGCCUGCUGCCUCCCGCCGAGUUCCACACUCUGGUCGUGCCUUUCAACAUGGAGGGGGACACCUGCGAGGUCCCGGGGGGGUUACCGCCUCUCUAUCACGCCGCGGUGGAGGAAAAGCAGAAGAGGAUCCAGAACUGGCAGAAGACUGUGAUGGAGGCUCGGCUGAACAAGUGAGUGGCUGACUCGGUUAUUAAUAAGUAGAAGAAUAUUGACUUUGUAAAAAGCACUUAAACAUCUCUGUGAUCUAUAUUUGAAUAAAAAAAAGGCUUUGAUUCCAUUAUCCAGCGGGCUAUUUUGAUCAGUGGAAAAUAAUAACCUAAAAGCCAUCAAAAAGAUCAAUGAGAAUGUGAGUCGGCCUCUCAGCUGGUGGGAUAAUGCUGAGCUCAGAAAACUCACUCCAGGGGCUCCACACUGACUCUGACUGGACAAAAAUCUCCACACAACGCUGUAAGGAGGGCCUUCACUUAAUUUCUGCUCUUGACUGUAGAUAGGAGGGAAACGGCACAGAGAAAAUGGUCGGCGAAACACUGCUAGAAGACUGAUUUUAACAGUCAUAUUCGAACCCUGAUAAUAACUUCUGCAGCACAACACCUUAAGCUCGCAAAAUUUCCCCCCUAGAGGCUCUAUUCCUGUCCAACUGAAGCUCAUUUAUUUAGAGAUUGAUACUCCGACAUAUAUUUUUUGUACUUUUCUGUUGAAUCUAAUCUCAAGUUUUUGGAUAACUCUUUAAUAACAGCCUGCUAUAGAAAGGGAUUUAAAAAUAAAACAUGUUUGAUAAUCUAAAGUUCACCUGCUCUUUUUUUUGAACCCCCGCUGUUUUGUUUCUCAUUUCUGUCUGAAGGGAGCAGAAGAAAAAGUUCCAGGAGCUUGUGGAGAUGAAGUUCCACGAGUGGCUGCUGGAAACGGGACACAGGCAGGAACUAGACAGCCUGAUCCCCCCGACGUUUACCUCUCUGACUGACUCUAACGGACCUGCAGCAGACACUCAAGUCAAGGACAGUAAACCUUUGAGGAAUGGACGAGCAGUGGGAGAGUCACCUCUGGCUUGUUGACCUGUUUGUUUUGGAGUGUGUUAGAUAUCACAGGUCUCGGUAACACCUGGAGCUCCUGUGAGUAAACAGAAAAACACGCUGUAGUUUAAUACAUUGGUGGAUAUUUACAGUUCACUCAGGCACAUCUGGAGCUGAUGAUGCUGCUUUGAGAGGUGAACCACUUACUCAGACGGUAUGAAAAGGCAGCUAAGUGCUUAACACACCUAAACAAGGUAGGGAGUGGACUGGCAUGUUGUAAAACAAGAUCGCAGCACUGCUGUAGGUUGAAAAAAGACGCAGGUGAUGCAGAACAGCACAGGCCCUUUAAAGGGACACUGCUGAGGACCAAGAAAACAAAGCACUGACAAACAUGCUCAGAUUGACUUCGAAACAAGGUCACUGAAAAGCUGUUUUUCAUUCAAAAUAUAUAAAUAUAAGAAACAAGUAAUCCCACAUUCUUGAGCAAAAAAGAAGUAAAUAUAUUUUCUAAGAUCCCAAACUUUUGGAGUUUGUCCCGUCUGAUGAUGGAAAUCGGGGGAAGCUGCUGCUGAAUUAGCUCUAGCUUCAUGGAAACAUUGAUCACUGUGAGAAGUUUGUCUCUCUUCUCUAAGGUCUAAAAUGAUUCUCAGCAUUUUCCCCUCACUGUUUCCAUGUACGUUAUGUGAACUUUUUAUUGUCUAAAAAAUAUAUAUAUAACUUCCAGUAAGUGAAUGCAACACUUUGUAGGCGUGCUAAUAUGUCCUUAACACAAAGUUACAAGCUCAGGUCAUCAUAUUUUCCUUCUACAUGUGUUAGAACUGAUUAAUUUUUAGACAUUUUUCAUUAUGGGGGAAAAAAAGAGGGUUAUUUAAAUGAAUUGUUUCAGGUACAUGAUCACAGCGUCCACACUUAAUCUCUUUAAAUAUGACUCUACAUGCUGGCACCACCGUCCACGGGCUCAACCUUUUCAGCGAGUUGUAUUUUUCUGUCACAGCCUGGCUAUUGAUCACACAGCGGGGGGUUUUUCUCCAGCUUUCAAAUGGAAACAUCUGCUCUGACAGAGAGUGCUGUUCAGCUGAGCAGAGUACAACCUGAAAGAGCUGCAUCACUGCCUGCAGAUGUAUACUCUAGUUUCUUCAAUAAGAUAUAUAGACGUGCCAAAUGAGGCAGAACUUAUGUCCAGAUGCCGCCUGAAUGUUCAUUUAUUUUUGUAUGAAUUAAAGAGUGUAAAUAUGUAUAUUUUGGCUUUAUUUUUUCAUAAAUCCGCCCUGUUCACACAGCUAGCAUUAAAAUCCUCUAAGUGUAUUUCAGGCCUUUAGCUUCCUGUUGAACACUGUCAUUCUUGGUUCAUUUGCUUGUGGGGAUAAUUACACACUUGAAGAGGAAUAAAUAUUCACUGUCAAAGUAUUACUGUGUAUUUAAAUGCCGGAGUGUCACUUAAUUUUCUUACUGAAUGUGACUUCACUGUAAAAUGCCUUUCUGCUGUCACUAACCAGUCUAAUGUUUCGAACCAGAGCACCUCUUUACAGCUGCUAGAUGAAGAGAAAAAUAGAUUUAGAUUUUUAAUGAUUUAAAAGGAAUAAAGUUUUGUAAACAACCUGGUUUGUCUCUGUUUGUAUGUUUUUAGCAGUUAACAGGAUGCAUUAAAUUUGGUUCGUCCUAAAACUUACAACAGUUAUUGUCAAAUAUACAUUUUAUAGCACUUAAAAUCUGGUGGUAGUUGUUUUCUAACAGUGAUGAUAUUGCUUCUGAUCAUUUCGGCCAAUAAAGCAGCACUGCAAAAAAAUGGACAUGGCUGAUUUCUCCACAGUGGAAGUCACCGCAUAGGCCCAGAAACAGUUGUCUGGGGGUACAUGUAUUUAAUGGAAUUAUCCCAUUAUUUUUUUUAUCGUCUUCAGUGAAUUAAUCCCAAACUGGUACCUAUAUAACAUAGUGAGUAAGGCCCAGUUAUCCUAAUUUUACAUGAUUUCUUCUCAAAAGUAUGAUAAAAAAUUAUAACAGUAACCAAACAAUGACAGUUGUGUCGUGCUAUAAAUACUCUGUGAGAGACUGUGAGCUAAUAGUUCAACAAUUUCAGAAUAAUGUCCAUGAGUGUAAAAUGUGAAAGAGUGAGUGGAUUUCAUCCUCAGGGAAUCUGGAGAAAUGAUGCAGCACAACGGUAAACAUGCCCUGGUCUCAACAGCUGGCAUCAAAUGUAAAAUGUUUAUCAUUCCUCAAUGAAAAAAAAAACAAAAUUUAAUUUUUAACAUUUGAUGUGUUGUCUUUGCAUUUUUUUUUUUUAGAUUAAAAGGCUUUAAAUUCUUUGCAAACCAUCCAAUUACGUCUCCAUUGGAAUUGUACUCACCAGUGAUGGCAGAUGGGCAGAGAUGUCAGACAGAGUUUGAGUCUUCAGUUCCUUGAUUGAAACAAACUCAAAAGACACUGAGGUUGCAAACACAUUAAGAGGCAAGUCACACGUGGCUUAAAUGAAAUGCAAUCGAGCUUGACAUUCUGUAAAUUUGCCAAAAAACUCUGAAACUGUAUACAGUUUAAAACCUACUUUUAAAGCAGAGGUUGCUCUUUUAUUGUUACAUCGCUGGGAUCUGCAGUUGGAAGCAGAACAUAGAAAACUCAGUUUGGCACAAACUCUGCAAGGUUUGAAAAAUUUGGAAACCUCUGCACUGCAGUUAAAUCCAUGAGAAAUAUGGUGUUUUAGUCCAUUUUUUUGCAAAAGUAGUUUCAUACUUUUCAUGCAAUUGCAUUACAACAUUAUAAGAUGUAAGUUUUUGAUGUGAACAUUUGCAUUAUUCUUAUAUAAGCUGAGAUUUCUUGAGUCCAUGUAUUAGAUAUUCCUUAAAAUGAACAUAAAAGCUAUAAAAAGCUGAAUAUGUGAUAAAAGCAUGAAAAUAUUUGCACAUUGAGGGUCUUAUUGUGCAAGAGUGACUUUGAUUUUGAUGCUUUCAUUUAUGCUGCUGCUAAUAUUCACAUGUUUAUUAAUAUACUAUUUUUAAAUGGAGGGUCCUGAACUUGUAUCGGGGUACUGCUGCACUUUAACUCAGGUCAAGGAUCUGAAUUCUCCUUCCUGCUGCUCUGUCUGGAUUCUUCCACAAGGCAGAAAGAAGUCCUGAGUUGGCAGGUCCUCACCAGGUGGGGGCAAGCUGGUGGAGCUGGCAUGUGUGACAUGGUGCGAGAGCUGGAGCUGGGGGUGGGCACUGGACCCAGCCAGUACAGUAGUGGGGGUCAAUGGACGCUAACCGUGCCCGGCCAUUAUGCCGUAAUCCUUCCUCGCUUUUCUGGAAAAACUGAAUAGCACUAGAAUCACUGACUCAAUUUUUGGAUCUCAUUUUCAUGACAAAGCGAUUGUUCCCCUUUUACCUCCACUGUUUCUGUUUAUGAACGUGGGAACGAUGGGGGUAUAAAAGGGAGCGGAGAGGGCACAGAGCAACAUCGAGACCUCAGGGGAACAACCAGCUCCACCAGCAGCAGCACCACCGGCAUCUCCCAACAGCACCGGGAAACAUUCAAUUCAAGAUGGGCAGGGUGAGUUCAGAAUUACCUGAACUGGUGGUCUAGGACUGAUCCUGAGGUUCUGGUUUAGAGGGCCCAUCUCUGAGGAUGGGUGUCCAUUGAUUGGUCUGGUUGUGUUGGAGGUUUCUGCCUCUUCAAGUCUUUGAUACUGAUGUUGAAUAAUGUUUCUCUUUAAAUGACACAAAGAAUUUUUGUAGUGUGUUACUGCUGUAUAAAUUAAGAUAGACAUGUUGAUUUAAGGCCUUGAAGUGGUUUGAGUUGUGGUUUUCGGUUGUGAAACUGAGAUGUGAUCAAAAAGAAACCGUAACCAAAUCUUGUUGCUGUUUUUGGUGACGCUCACACUGACAACCAUCUUCCCCAGAUUGUCUUUUUCGAGGACAAAAACUUCCAGGGCCGUCGCUAUGAGUGCGACAGCGACUGCUCUGACUUCCACACCUACCUGAGCCGCUGCAACUCCAUCCGGGUGGAGAGCGGAGCCUGGGUGGUGUAUGAGAGGCCCAACUACAUGGGCUACCAGUACGUCCUGACCAGGGGAGAGUACCCAGAAUACCAUCGCUGGAUGGGCCUCAAUGACCGCCUCAGCUCCUGCAAACUGAUCCACUUUGUAAGUCAGUGAUUACCUGUGAUCUGACCGGAUACACAGUACACCUGUUUUAUUUAGAGUGUGCAGAAUUCACAUGAAGGAGCCUGACUUCUGACAUGUAAUCAGAGGAUAGUGCAUAGGUUAUAGAUAUCUACUUGAGGGAUAUAUUGGCUUUAAACUGUCACUUAUCAAAAUAACCAUUUCUACCUGGAGCAAUCUGGAGUUAUUUUUUUGUUUACCAUUGACUUUUAUUCAAUUUUCGGUAUCAAAGUUAUUUAAUUAUAAAUCAGCAUAGCCAAUGUAAAGUUUGACAUUUAAGUGGUUUUUAUAACUAAUGCCUGAAACAAGUAAUAAUAUUUCAAUAGUGGAAAUAUUAAUUCGAGCCAUCUAUAACUCCAUAUAAGGCAAUUUUUUCUAUUGACUUCCAUUAAAAAUCAGCUCCAUAUUAAAUCUAUAAAAAAGGUAAUUCUUACCAUUGACUUCCACUCAAAAUCACCCUCAAAUAUCUCAAACAGAGUUUUAAGUCUUAUUCCUAGGUGGUAUAACGAUCAUGCACUUAUAAUGUAAGCUACCUGAACAGAGAAAGCUGAGAAGUCAUAUCCUUGUUCAAAAUAUUUCAAACCAAUGUUACAACUGCUUUGUGUACACCUGAAGCUGCAGGUGUACCCCUUCAAAAAUGGCUCUUUCACUUGAUAAAAUGUCUUUCCACUGUGAAAAACAGACUUGAUCGGGGUCAGCUUUUCAGCUUCAGUCUUUCUGUUUACUGUUUACUCUGUCAGUGUCACUCUGACAGUCACAGAUAGAAGCCACAGAGUGUAGGUCAGAGAGCCUGUUGAUGCUAACGGUGACUGCAGGGCUCUGUCGAUGCAGACGGAUAAUCUGGGUCAGUCUAUUUGUUUGACUAGAGUCUGGGUUCACGGACCAACAGCCUGCAGGCACAUCCAGGGCUUUCAUACAAAAAUCAAACUCCUUCAUAGACGCUGCAUGUAUCAUCCUUCUGCUAAUUAUAACUGUAAACGAGACCUUAAAGAAAACGAUAACAAGGGAUGGUGUCAGACUGAGUAAAUCUAAGUGAUUCUGUGGAUCAAGACAGAUACAUGGACCAGCUAGUUUCUGCAAAGCUAGUUUGCUGUGAUGUGAAAGACAAAGCUACAAACUAAAGCUCUUGCAUUUGGUCAAUAUAACAAGCCAAUAUUGACUUGUUAUUGAUCUUUAUCUGUUUUCAAUGCCCUGGUUUAAAGACUUUUCCUUUCACAUACAUUUGUAAAAGGGAUGUUGUUAAUUAAAAGUGGUGCCACUUUUAAAGGAGAGUGUGCUGCAACCUUGUAGUUUACAAUACUAAAUAAAUCCCCAUAUAUUUCGAUAGUUGUUUUAUUUUUUUGUGGUAUUUUCCAGCAGAACUAGCUAAGUUGUUGGUUUUUGUCACUUUAAACUUAAAAAGUUUUUGGUUUUAAAUAGUUUGUGAGAAGAUGGAGCUGGGAUAAUAAUUUUGUUUUCAGCUAGAGUUGGAUAGAUGCCCUAUGUUCAGCAUUUUGGGCCUUUGUAAAUCAUAUUACCUGAUUCUGAUGACAAAGUUUAAAUAUCUAGUUGACUAAAUGUGCACAUCCCUUUCCUGUAGUCCAAGCUUUUCUUCUUUAGUAAGCGUCACAAAAAACUCUUUUGGUUUCUAGAAGAAACAUUUUACUCUGUUGUUCGAUACAAAUCUCAUCCCCCCAUAUAUCCCUCCUUCUCCUUUUUUCUCACCUCACAUCCCCUUCCUUUUCUACCCCAACCCUCUGCACUAAAUGCCGCCUCCAACCCUUCAUCCACCACUCUCCACACGCUACCUCUCCCCAUCUUUCUCCCACCCAUUUCAACCCCUCCUCGUCUACCUCCCCUCCUCGCUCCCUCCUCCACCCACUCCUUCCAGGCCAGCGGGACCAUGUACAAGAUGCAGCUGUAUGAGAAGACAGACUUUGGGGGUCAGGCCUAUGAGACAUCCGAGGACUGCCCUUCUCUUCAGGAUAAGUUCCGCUGGAAGGAAGUUAACUCCUGCAAGGUCUACGACGGCUGGUGGGUCUUCUACGAGCACCCCAACUACCGCGGACGCCAGUACUUCCUGGAGAAGGGAGAAUACCGCAAACCCGGAGACUGGGGCGCUGUCAGUCCCGCCGUCCAGUCCUUCAGGCGCUUCACCGAGUGA